ACAUUCCUCUGCCUCCUUAUCUCUUCCUUACUCUUCUUCUUGUUCCUUCUUCUUCUACUUCCGUAUCAAGCUAGAUCUUGAAUUAGGACUCAAGCUUACCAGUCUUCAAUCGACGUAAACUAUCUGUUCUUUAUACCAAAUUGAGUGAAGAUCUUGUUGAGUGAAUUAAAAGAGAUGAGAUCAAGAGAAUGUGAUGAAGAGGAGAUACAAGCAAAGCAAGAAGGAGAUCAUAAUCAAAAUCAUCAAGUAAAUUUAAACCACAUGUUGCAACAGCAACAACCGAGUUCGGUAUCAUCUUCAAGGCAAUGGACUUCAGCUUUUAGGAAUCCAAGAAUCGUUCGAGUCUCAAGAACAUUCGGUGGCAAAGACAGACAUAGCAAAGUCUGUACGGUCCGUGGUCUUCGAGACCGGAGGAUAAGGUUGUCCGUACCUACAGCUAUUCAACUCUACGACCUUCAAGAUCGAUUAGGGCUGAGUCAGCCAAGCAAAGUCAUCGAUUGGUUACUCGAAGCAGCAAAAGAUGACGUCGACAAGCUACCUCCUCUACAAUUCCCACAUGGCUUUAACCAAAUGUAUCCAAAUCUCAUCUUUGGAAACUCCGGGUUUGGAGAAUCGCCAUCUUCAACUUCAUCAACAACGUUUCCCGGAACCAAUCUCGGGUUCUUGGAAAAUUGGGAUCUUGGUGGUUCUUCAAGAACAAGAUCAAGAUUAACCGAUACUACUACGACUCAGAGAGAGAGUUUUGAUCUUGAUAAAGGAAAAUGGAUUAAACACGACGAGAAUAGUAAUCAAGAUCAUCAAGGGUUCGACACCAAUCAUCAACAUUUUUCACUGACCAAUCCUUACAACAACACUUCAUCUUAUUACAACCUCGGACAUCUUCAACAAUCGUUAGACCAAUCCGGUAAUAACGUUACUGUCGCAAUAUCUAAUGUUGCUGCUAAUAACAACAAUAAUCUCAAUUUGCCUCCUCCUUCCUCGUCUGCUGGAGAUGGAUCUCAGCUUUUUUUUGGUCCUACUCCUCCGGCAAUGAGCUCUCUAUUCCCGACAUACCCUUCGUUUCUUGGAGCUUCUCAUCAUCAUCAUCAUGUCGUCGAUGGAGCCGGUCAUCUGCAGCUCUUUAGUUCGAAUUCAAAUACCGCCUCGCAGCAACAGAUGAUGCCAGGUAAUACGAGUUUGAUUAGACCAUUUCAUCAUUUGAUGAGCUCGAAUCAUGAUACGGAUCGUCAUAGUAGCGAUAAUGAAUCAGAUUCGUGAAAGAUUUCAUAUAUCUACACUAUACAUAAACAUGUUAUAUGUAUACGUAUUCUUCAAUAUUUUGAUAUAUAUAUAUAUAUGACGUAUUGUUGGAUUGAUUUAUGUAUCUUCUUCGUGUAUGUAUAGAAAUUUUAAUAAUCUCGGAUUUGGAUU